AAUUAUUUAGUAAUUCUACACAUGAACGUUUCGAGUUGGCAAAACGAGAUGUCGCAAAAUCUAAAAACAAAGAGUUAGUUGAGUUGUUUUCCUCUUCAUUUGGCAUUCAUCAUGCUGGUAUGCAAAGAUCCGACCGAACGAUGACCGAGCGUUUAUUCGAGGAAGGACUUCUAAAGGUUUUAUGUUGCACAGCAACAUUGGCUUGGGGUGUCAAUUUACCGGCCUAUGCUGUUAUUAUUAAAGGUACUCAUGUAUAUGAUACACAAAAAGGCAAUUUCGUUGAUUUGUCCAUUUUAGAUGUCAUGCAAAUUUUUGGCCGAGCAGGUCGUCCACAGUAUGAAAGCUAUGGCGUUGGUUAUAUUUUGACGACUAAUGACAAACUAUCCAAUUAUGUAUCAGCAAUGACACAACAGUAUCCUAUUGAAUCCAAGUUUGUCAACAGCCUAGUUGACAAUUUAAAUGCAGAAAUAUCGCUUGGUACCGUAUCAACAGUUGAUGAAGGUGUUAGAUGGUUAGGCUACACAUAUCUAUUUGUUCGUAUGAAGCAAAAUCCUCUUGUUUAUGGGAUUGAUCCGAAGGAACCUUCUGAGGACCCUGAACUUGGUAGAAAACGCCGUAUGCUCAUCGAAUUUGCAGCAAAGGAACUUCAUAAAAAUGAGAUGAUUACAUUUAAUACUGAAAGUGAUUAUUUUAGCUCUAGAGAUAUUGGGCGUAUUGCAUCAAAUUAUUAUAUAAGCUAUAAGAACAUUGAAAUUUUCAAUAAACUCUUAAAAGAUGACAUGUUAGAAGCAGAUAUUUUAACGAUGAUAAGCAAAAGUAAGGAAUUCGAGGAUCUUAAAGCAAGAGAGGAAGAGAGUAAAGAAUUAUUAAAACUUAAAGAAAACGCAUGCUAUUGUCAAAUAAAGUAUGACGUCGAUACUACAGAAGGAAAGGUCAAUAUUUUGCUACAAUCACACUUAUCUGGUGCUAGACCUGAAGAUUUUGCUUUGAUUUCGGAUUCAGCUUACGUAGUUCAGAUUGCUAGCCGUUUAGUUCGAGCUUUAUUUGAAAUUGCACUUAAUCGUAACCUGAGUCAAGUGACAUCACAAUUGUUGACAUUUAGUAAAUGUAUUGACAAAAAAAUGUGGAUGUUUGAGACUCCUUUGGUUCAAUUUGGUUUGCCACGGGAGAUUUGUAUUAAACUUGAUUCUAAUCCACAUAAACCGAACAUUGAAAAAAUGAGAGAUAUGA